GGGAGCCUGACGGGUUCAGCCCGGAGCAUGGCUGUGUGGAGCCUGGGAGGCCGCCUGGGCCUGCGCGGGUGCCUUGGCAGCGGCCGGCUACUGCGUCCCCGUUUCCAGAGCCGCGGCCCUCAGGGCGUGGAGGACGGGGACAGGCUAGAACCUUCCCCGAAGACACCCAAGAUCCCCAGGAUUUACACCAAAACGGGAGACAAAGGGUUCUCCAGCACCUUCACAGGAGAAAGGAGGCCCAAAGAUGACCAAGUGUUCGAAGCCUUGGGCACCACGGACGAGUUAAGCUCCGCCAUCGGGUUCGCUAUGGAGUUCAUCACGGAGAAGGGCCACCCGUUUGCCGAAGAGCUUCAGAAAAUCCAGUGCACCUUGCAGGACGUCGGCUCCGCCUUGGCGACACCGCGCUCCUCGGCCAGGGAGGCUCACUUAAAGCAUGCGGCGUUCGGGGAGGGGCCCAUCCUGGAGCUGGAACGCUGGAUCGACGAGUACUCCCGCCAGCUGCCCCCGCUCACGGCUUUCAUUCUGCCUUCUGGCGGCAAGAGCAGCUCCGCACUGCACCUCUGCCGGGCCGUGUGCCGUCGAGCUGAGAGACGCGUGGUGCCUCUGGUCCAGAUGGGAGAGACCGACGCGAACGUGGCCAAGUUCUUAAACAGACUCAGCGACUACCUCUUCACAUUAGCCAGAUACGCAGCCAUGAAGGAGGGAAAUCAGGAAAAAAUAUACAAGAGAAGCGACCCAUUGGACCGAGCCUGAGGCACCCGGGAGUUCCGGAAAGGGGGGACGGCCAGACGCGUCCGUGGUGACGACCAUGGAGAGGCUGCCCUGGCGGUGGCCUGGUUCCCAGAGAGCCCAGCCAGAGGGACCGGCCACGGCCUGCCACGCACACCCAGCUUCAACUCACACCCCACUGCUUCCCGGUGAGCAGUCUGUCCCCUGCUCCCUGGCUGUCCCGGGUCUUAGAAGCAGCAGCAAUGAACCUGGUCUUGCAGAAAAGGCACGAAGAAUAAAAGUGGGAAAGGUU